CUAGCGAGCUAGAGCAGCAACAAAGGAGCCGGGUAGUCGGCGGGGAGGAGUCGGGGGGCUGCGGCGCGCUUCGGCAAAGGUGGCUGCUGGGCCCCCGGCUGGUGCGGGGGCGGCGCCGGGGACCUGGUCCCUCACCCCCGGCCCGCGCCUGGCCUCCAUCGCGGGGCCCGGAGGUGGUUUUUAAUGGUGGGAGAGGGGAUGGGGCUGGAGAUUGGGGGCCCUGGGGGCUCCCGGGGCUGAAGACAACUUGGAUUGCCAGGGAAAGGGCGAGGGAGCGGUCCAUCCCCGCCCGGGCCUCCGCCGCCCAACAUGGGCCCCGGGUUCCAAAGUUUGCGAAGUUGGGCGCCGAGGGCCCGCGGCGCGCGGAGCAUCCGGGGGAGCCCGGCACCGGACUCGCGGGGCGCACAGGUCGCCUGAGUCGCCCCCGCAGCCCCAAAGGGUUGCGCGCGUGCCCUGGGGGCUCCGGGGAGCGGGCGGGGGCGCGGGGCUCCUGCUGAGUUGGCGGGUUUGGUCAUGGCCGCUGCUCGCCUAGCACGGGGGUCGGAGUUCUGGCUUUUGGGGCCGCUGCUGUGGCUGCUGCUGCCGGGGGGCCCGGGCCGGGGAAUGGCCUUAAGCGGGAACGCGACCGGGCCUGGGCCUCGGAGCGCGGGCGGGAGUGCCAGGAGGAGCGCGGCAGUGACUGGCGCCCCGCCGCUGCUGAGCCAUUGCGGUCGGGCUGCCCCCUGCGAGCCGCUGCGCUACAACGUGUGCCUGGGCUCGGCGCUGCCCUACGAGGCCACCUCCACGCUGCUGGCCGGGGACUCGGAAUCCCAGGAGGAAGCGCACGGCAAGCUCGUGCUGUGGUCCGGCCUCCGGAACGCCCCCCGUUGCUGGGCAGUGAUCCAGCCCCUGCUGUGUGCUGUGUACAUGCCCAAGUGUGAGAACGACCGGGUGGAGCUGCCCAGCCGCACCCUCUGCCAAGCCACUCGAGGCCCCUGUGCCAUCGUGGAGAGAGAGCGCGGCUGGCCUGACUUCCUGCGCUGCACCCCUGACCACUUCCCUGAGGGCUGCCCGAAUGAGGUGCAGAACAUCAAGUUCAACAGUUCGGGUCAGUGUGAAGCUCCUUUGGUUCGGACCGACAACCCCAAGAGCUGGUACGAGGACGUGGAGGGCUGCGGGAUCCAGUGCCAGAACCCGCUCUUUACGGAGGCGGAGCACCAGGACAUGCACAGCUACAUCGCGGCCUUCGGUGCCGUCACGGGCCUCUGCACGUUCUUCACCCUGGCCACUUUCGUGGCUGACUGGCGGAAUUCGAAUCGCUACCCUGCAGUUAUUCUCUUCUACGUCAAUGCGUGUUUCUUUGUGGGCAGCAUUGGCUGGCUGGCCCAGUUCAUGGACGGUGCCCGCCGGGAGAUUGUCUGCCGGGCAGAUGGCACCAUGAGGCUUGGGGAGCCCACCUCCAACGAGACCCUGUCCUGCGUCAUCAUCUUUGUCAUUGUGUACUACGCCCUGAUGGCUGGCGUCGUCUGGUUUGUGGUCCUUACCUAUGCCUGGCACACCUCCUUCAAAGCCCUGGGCACCACCUACCAGCCUCUCUCUGGCAAGACCUCCUACUUCCACCUGAUCACGUGGUCACUCCCUUUUGUCCUCACUGUGGCUAUCCUCGCUGUGGCCCAGGUGGAUGGGGACUCCGUGAGCGGCAUCUGUUUUGUGGGCUACAAGAACUACCGAUACCGUGCUGGCUUCGUGCUGGCCCCAAUUGGCCUGGUGCUCAUCGUGGGAGGUUACUUCCUCAUCCGUGGAGUUAUGACUCUGUUCUCCAUCAAGAGCAACCACCCUGGGCUACUGAGCGAGAAGGCUGCCAGCAAGAUCAAUGAGACCAUGCUGCGCCUAGGCAUUUUUGGCUUCCUGGCCUUUGGCUUUGUGCUCAUCACCUUCAGCUGCCACUUCUACGAUUUCUUCAACCAGGCUGAGUGGGAGCGCAGCUUCCGGGACUACGUGCUGUGCCAGGCCAAUGUAACCAUCGGGCUGCCCACCAAGAAGCCCAUCCCUGACUGUGAAAUCAAGAAUCGCCCUAGCCUCUUGGUGGAGAAAAUCAACCUGUUUGCCAUGUUUGGAACCGGCAUUGCCAUGAGCACGUGGGUCUGGACCAAGGCCACGCUGCUCAUCUGGAGACGCACCUGGUGCAGGUUGACGGGACAGAGUGAUGAUGAGCCCAAACGCAUCAAGAAGAGCAAGAUGAUCGCCAAGGCCUUCUCCAAGCGGCGCGAGCUGCUGCAGAACCCAGGCCAGGAGCUCUCCUUCAGCAUGCACACCGUCUCCCACGAUGGGCCUGUGGCGGGUUUGGCCUUUGACCUCAAUGAGCCCUCCGCUGAUGUGUCCUCUGCCUGGGCCCAGCAUGUCACCAAGAUGGUGGCUCGGAGAGGAGCCAUACUGCCCCAGGAUGUGUCUGUCACCCCUGUGGCAACUCCAGUGCCCCCAGAGGAAAAAGCCAAUCUGUGGCUGGUGGAGGCAGAAAUCUCCCCAGAGCUGGAGAAGCGCCUGGGCCGGAAGAAGAAGCGGAGGAAGAGGAAGAAGGAGGUGUGUCCGCUGGUGCCACCCCCUGAGCUUCGCCACCCCACCCCUGCGUCUGCCUCCAGUGCUGUUCCUCGACUGCCCCAGCUGCCCCGGCAGAAAUGCCUGGUGGCCGCCGGUGCCUGGGGAGCUGGAGAAUCCUGCCGACAGAGAGCCUGGACCCUGGUCUCCAACCCCUUCUGCCCAGAGCCCAGUCCUCUGCAGGAUCCGUUUCUGCCCAGCCCCUCAGCCCCCACGGCCUGGGCGCAGGGCCGCCGGCAGGGACUAGGGCCCAUUCACUCCCGUACCAACCUGAUGGAGGCAGAGCUCAUGGAUGCAGACUCAGACUUCUAAGCCAGGAGAGCAGGACCUGGGACAGUAAAUAGGAACAGAUAGUGUUCUGAGGCUCUUCUUCCUCCCUGAGGUGCUUCCCCAGGAUCUCGUCUUCCGGAGAACCCGAGGGCCCAGUGCCCUCCCAGGAAGGUUCUAUGUCUGGCUUAUGACAGAACUGUGGGAAAGAGCCUUGAAAAAUCCAUGGGUGGGCCUCACCCAGAGAACAGCCCUGAGCUUCAGGGCCCUCGUUUCUGCCCCACCAGGUGGAGUCUGGCUGGCAGCCCCAGUCUGCAACAAGGUUACGGGGUGUGCAGAGUUUCUGGUGAGGUAGCAAUGGCGAGGGUAGGAGUGGCAGUACCCGGAAUGGGCUGUGGUGGCCAGGGAGACAGCCAAACCUAUGUCUGGCAGAUGAGGGCUGGCUGCUCUUUCCUGUAAUAAUGGGUACCAGGAAAGGGCACCCUCAGACCAAAAUUGUUUAUUGUAUCAUUAGCCCUUUGUCUAAGUGGGAACAGGGCUCCCUCUCCCUCUUCCAGGUGGUUGUGGGGCUAGGAGUACCUCCUCCUAUAGGGGCUAUAACCUCUCUUUACAGAUGUCCAGCUGGCCCCACCCCAGGCCAGUAACCCCGCCCCCAUGUUCUCCUGCACCCUCCUUCCCUUUCCCAUUUCAGUUCAACCAGGCCAACCUCUUCCUGUUCCCUGUUUGUUGAUUAGGACCCAGAACUGCAGCCCCACCCCCCAACCCCCACACAUGUUGCUGGACUCCAUCUCCAAGAAAAAGAUUGGUUCAGCUAUAGAAGCAGUGAGUGGUGGGGAGUCAGUGGGUCUCCGAGACACAUUGUCUCUUCCUGUAUCCAUCCAGUGAGGGAUGGAUCCUCUGACUUGAGGGGCUACCCUGGGAAGCUGCUGGAGCUUCAGGCAGGCAGGAAAGCUUCCUUCAACUUCCACAACUGGUGGGUGAAGAGAUUUCCUGCCUCUUAUGGGCCUCCUCCAUGUCUCCAAGGCCCCAGUUUCAAGAACCAGGCAGCAGGAAGUUGUAGGAGCUGGCUGGGUUCCAGAUCGGGGAUAGGGAUGGGGAGAAGAAAGAUAAACCGUAAAUAAAAGUUUUUUG